AUGGGUUACAGGACGGUGGUGAUGUACAUGGAGAUCGGCUGCUUCGUGGUGUGCGUCUCCGGGUGGAUCCUGGUGUGCUCUACCAUGCCCACGGAGAUCUGGACCUGGUCCGAGGUGGGCAGCAUCGUGCUGACCACCUCCAACUACUUCUCCAACUUGUGGAAGGACUGCAUCUCCGAUUCCACCGGCGUGUCCGACUGCAAGGGCAUCCCGUCCUUGCUUGCGCUCAACUGGGACAUCCACAUGUGCCGCGCCCUCAUCAUCACCGCCAUCAUCCUGGCGUUCUUCGGCUCGGUCCUGGUCAUGGUGGGGAUGAAGUGCACCAAGAUCGGGGGCUCGGAGUUGGCCAAAGCCAGAGUGACGUUCGCCGGCGGGAUGAAUUACCUCUUUGCCGGGUUGUGUUCUAUGACCGCUUUCUCUUAUUACGGCAACAAAAUAAGAGCAGAAUUCCAGGACCCGAAUUAUAGAGAACAAAAGUUUGAAAUCGGCGUUGGCGUGUUUAUCGGCUGGGGAGGCUCCACCUUACUUGUCGUCGGAGGUCUUCUUUACAGUAUCUUCGCGGGGAGGGAAGGCUGCCAGUCAAGUUACGAGGGAGACCCCGCCUACCUGUUCCCCGAUCCCUACCAGGUCGUACCCACGAAGAAGAAGGCGGUACUGACAGACGGGAGUGCGAGCAAGAAAGCACCGAGUAGUCGGCCUAGUAGUGGUACUCGUAGUAGUGCUAAUCGUAGCAGUAGUAGUCAUAUUAGUAGUAGUAGUGGAGGCAGCAGGAGCAGCAGCGGCAUCUCUGCGGUGACUGUCAGCACCAAAACAUCCAAAGCAUACGUUUGAGUUCGUUUGAAACGAGGGCGCUAAUUAUUUUCGGUUUCACCGGCCUAAUUGUUACUUAUUACAUUACCAUUACAAUUACAUUACAAUGUUACUGAUUAUGAAAGUCAGCAGCCACUCAUGAAUUGGGCGCUUAUUGAUUUCGGAGUAAUUUUUGGAUUCUAACAAGUGAGCGUGUUUGUAAAUUAUUUUUUAAAAAAGUGUUUCAGAAAUUCUUGAAAAUAUUUAGCAUUUAUCAAAAUGUAGCGUGACACCUAAAG